UUAAAAACGAAAAGAAAAAAAGAGAAAGAUGUUGCAUCAUAUUUUCCACUGCCUCCAGGUUCCAUUUCUGCAUUUUGAUUGCACAGUCAUCAUGGCAAUAAAUCCCAAACCAAUAAAAGGCUUAAACAGCAGAAACUACAAUUAGACUUGAGACCUCGUACAAAAGAAAGAUUCUCUGUAGCUUAACAAGAAUACAGGAAACAUUGUCAUGACACAAGACUGACGCAUUAGAAAUGCAAAUUUAUUUUCAUUAUAAAUUCUGCUCUGAAGCCAUUUGCCUGUGCAAAUAGCACGUAUCCCUUACUGCCUUAAGCAGUAUUACUUUUCUCUUUACAAACGCGACCGCAAUACCACUUGACCUGUUAACAUUUCUGGCCAUAAGUAUUCAGAACUAACAGAAGACAGAUCACAGAAAUUGUAAACCUGGCUUUAAUUUCCAGCUGUAGAUUUUGUUUUUACAUCUUGGUUAGUUGUGAAAGAGUAGAGGGAGAAAGUAAGUGCAAGUUACUACUGGUAGAAAAAUUACCCCUGGCAUAAUUUCCUCAUACAAGAGACACGAAAUAAUUUGCUCAUCCAAGCAAAGACAUUUACUAAUAGUUUUUAGUUAUUAAUUUUUCCCUCUGUGUUGCCAUAGUCAGUUUUAGGCCUAGUCCAGCAAGGGGAUUCCUAAAUUCUCCCAAGAAACAAACUCUUUAAUUCCUUUGAAAAAACAGUUGUUAAGGUUAUACCAAACAAACUGGUCAAAACAUGACCCUGACAUCACAGAUGCACUGGCCAAUCUACAAGUUAACAAAAGGGUACCUUUUUUAUAAUCUUAAACCUCUUCUGCGUGUUGCUAAAAUACUAAUUCAGAAAGGUGCCUUGUGGGUGCAGUACUUUUGGCAGCCAAGUUUCACUACCAAUACACUUUGGAGCCUGAGGAUUAUUACUGCUUGUCAAUGACACAGAAAAGGCAACGUUAACUACAAAUAAAGCACACAAAUUCCACUAACAGAAGAGUUUCAUGUGUACCUGCUCUAAGAAAAGGGAUACAAGUUUUGAAAAGCUGGCAGUACUUCAUAUGUCUUUGACAACAGUGGAUAAAAUGUGACACAUGCUAAAGCCAUUGAGUGGCCUCUUUUCCAUACUGGACUGUCCAAGAACACUAUGGAAAACACAUACUGUCCAGAAAUGUGUGCUCAAGCCCUUUCCUAAAGGCCAACACAAACCUUUUUUUUUGUGGGUGGGGGGGGGAUCAGUGAUAAGUAUUGGGCUUGCAGCCAAUUCGUCACUACACAAAUUAACAUAAGAGGUUUAUUUACUGCAAGUCAAUAGUACUAUAAAGAAUUGAAGGAAUGUUGCUUUACUUUGAUCAUUUAAAGCUGCAAACAUCUCUUAGCAAGUUGUUUUGAGUUAAAGUGAAAAGGGAAUUAUUAACGGGUCAGUCGUUUUGGUCUUGGAGAGGCGUUUAACAACUUCUAAACAAACCCAACCCACAUUAUGUAAAGAAAGGGAGACACUAUAGAUGUAGAGACAAUACUAUGCCUUCAGUUUACAAUCAUCAGCACAAAUGUGGGUGGAAAGUCAAUACACCAGUUUGACAAAUUAGUCAGUGAGUCAUUAUUUAGCAAAUAAAAAACAAACAAGACGCCACACCAAGAAUACAAAAAAUAAACUAUACAUAACAUGAACUUAGAAAUCAACUAUUUAACCAACUAUUACAAUAAAAGAUAAACUAGCACACCAAAUGUCAGCGUACACGUCCCUAACAACAACGUUAACUUAUUAGCAACUUAGCUGGUUGACUGCUGGGCAAUGUGGCUAGCAAGCUAACUAUGCCACCGGGCAGGAGAAAUCCAGAGAUGAAUCCAGCUCCCGUGAGCCACUGGAAAGAUCCCUGGAAAAACUCCAGGAAGAAUCAAACGUGUGCACCAUCAACACCACAAAGCUCCGCCUGGAGAUUAUCGCAAAACAACAAGGGAUGAGUUUUCACUUUGCUGAGGCCACGUGCUAUUUAUCAGCUGAUUUAUUCUACGUUGAGGUAUUGUUGUUGCCGUGUGGUGAAGUGGAGGAGGUGAAGGUGGUCCUCCACGGAGAAUCCCCUGUUCCCAGUGAAUCUCUGCUUCAGCUGCUAAGGUCCAAAAACUUUGCCGCCUUCUCCCUGAAGUUACAAGGCCUCUUUGCCCAGUACAACAUCCCUGGAGACAAUGAAAUGAAAUUAAAAUUGUUGGCAUCUCUGCAGUGCCUUGGGAAAGACUUACGGAAAAUCUCUCAUUUGCCAAGGGAACAAAAGUAUUCUGACCCUGAAAUGGACUUGAUAAACAAUGGCAGGAUUGGGGAUUUAAUCAUGGGAAAAGAAGAUUGUCCUUUCACCAUCCGGUUCUUUAUUCCUCCGACCAAUGGAACGAAAACUUUGGUGUCAGACUUGAAUCCAGUUGUUCAAGCCGCCCAGGUUACUGUAGUUGUCAGCGACGUGACCCACAAGCUUCAGAUGGCAUCUGUGGUCCCUCAGCCUCCCCAGCUGGAUCCUCAGGGUUAUCCUGUGUUUGUUCCGCUGAAUGAGGUGCCAAAUGAAAUGCUGCCUGCCUGUUUCCUGCUUAAACUGCAGCCAGCUAUGCCCGUGAUGCCGUCUUUUGUAAAGAAGCUCAGCCAAAUUACAGAUGUGACUGUAGCAGAUGUUGACCUGCAGUGGGCACCCUUACCCACGCUUCUCAUGAGAGAUUCAUUAAGCGCAAACAGCUCCUGGGAGAUGACAUGCGAAAGCAAGAUGAUUUUUACAGUGCCUCUUCCUGGUGGUGUGAUGCAUAGUUAUAUUUGCCCUGGAGCUGCAUGGGAUGUGCCUGCCCACAGGGGGGCUGUGGUGGACAGUGUUCCCUUCACCCACCCUGGUCAUGUCCCUGCCCUGCUGGAGCUGCUGCGCCACCAGUGUACCAUUAACACCUUGCUGAGGAGCUGUUUCACAUUUCACUGUGCCAGUGCAGGUUCAGUUUGUGGCCUGCAUUUCGAAGUCCUUCCAGAGUCUGACAGCAGCUUUUCCGUGACCUUCCAGCCACCUGACGCUGACUCCCUGGGUGUUUUGCUGGUGAAUGUACCGAAACCUCACCAGAUUACCUGCAGCUUAUUCGGAGCAAACGCACGUGAUCCUUCCAUUAAUGAAUACCUCUCCUCUGUCAUCACAAGCUGUAUGUCCAUUCCUGAGACAAUGAGAAUGCUGUACAACAAGCUUGAGGACAUCACCUCUGCCCCACUUUCUUCCAGCUGCUCGGCCACCACAGAGGCUGAAAAUGACCAUUCAGCUCCCUCGAGUACAGCUGUGGCCGACACCAGCAGAGCUUCGGCCACUUUCUCCCAAAGUGCAGCUAUGCCAAAUGACGGCUUCAGUGUUUCUGAUUCAGCACGUUCUGCCAUGACUGUAGCCAAAUCUGAAUCUAUUCUUGAAAUAAAUCAAAGUCCCUCUGCCUCCUCUUACCCACCUCCCCUUGUAGACACGUUUCAACACAGGGUGGGCAACAGCCAACAGGCACAGCUGAUCUAAACGUGUACAUCAUCCACAGCCGUUAUGAAAACUCUCAUGGGUUAAAUCAGCCAUAAAUGUGGACCAUAAUAACUGGUAUUUGUUUUCUGUUAUCAGUUAGAGAUGCUAAUGUGUAACUGCAGAAGGCUGUGUUUGUGUAAUUCAGAGUGCAUAAUCGCAUCCAUCUCCUGCAGGAUGCUUAAAUGUCACUUACUAUGCAUUCCAGCGUGGCAGAGAUUACUGGCUGUAAAGGUUUGAGGUCUGACAUCUGACCUCAGACAGCCAAGAGCCCAGUUGAUUGGUACCAUGUGAGCCAAUCAAACAUUGUUAAAGUACAUAAUGCUCUCUUGAUGUUUUGUAAGACUCCACACAUUUAAAAAAGAAAGAAAGAAAUAGCUUUGGUGUAGCAUAUGAUUCAGCUCUCAAAUGCAUUCUCUCUAAACCACAAUUUAUUUUUUGCUUUUUUUUUUCUUUGAUGUAAAUUAGGUUUUGUACAAUAAGAGUGACAUUUGGUGUGAAAAUGUAGGAGUGGAAGACCGCUGUGGAAUGGAAACUCGGCAGUAAGAAAUCUCUUGAUUGCUGCUGAGCACAGUAGUGCUUUUUCUGUGCGGAAGCCAACACGGUUACCAAUAUAGCACAAAUGUGAGUAGUCUGUAAAGAAUUAGAAAUAUUUGCUAUCUAACAAAGGGAGGAAGUUGAGCUUUUUUUCACAUUCCAAAAGAAAUGUUUGAGACAAAACUCACUGGUGCAAUAUUCGACUAAAUCCUGAAGACCUGCAUUUAGAAAGGAAUUUAACAUGUAUUAAGAAUACGAAGUCAACUGUCAACAGCAGACAACUGGUUUUGUCCCGUGUCUGUACUUCUGCAUA